GAACAGAACGCUGGAUAUCAUCAGGACCCUGGCAGGGCUGGAGCCCCCACUGCCAUUUUCAUCUUUCUCUCCCCCCAGUUUUUCCUCCCUUUUUUUUUUUACAGAGAGUGGAAAAGUUGUUUUUAUUUUUUUUAUCUCACUCCCCCUUGCUCUAUUCUUCUCUUGUCCCUGCCUCACUCCCGCUCAUUCCCCCUCUGUCCUUUUUUCUUUAAAGAGAGCCUUUGUGUUGCUCCAUUUUUAGCUCCCUUUGCUAUGCUGUGCACAUUGUCCCCCAGUGCAAAGGCGAGUGGCAGCAGUGGGUUUGGCCCCCAGGAAGCACUUGAAUCCCGUUGGUAACAUCAACUCCUGUACUGUAACUUUUCCACCUGGGUCCGGCCCGUUCUGUCAGCAGGACAUGCAGAACUCCGAGGGAGGGUCAGACACUACGGCCAGUGUGGCAACACUCCGGACGUCAUCAUCAGCCCAGGCUCCUGUGGUACAGCCUGUCCCAGCCUCCCAGCAGAGGGUGCUGGUUCAAGCCACAGGCUCAGCUCAGAAGGGAGGACAAGUACAACAGCUUUCAGUACCCAGGGUUCAACAGGUCCCUCAGCAGCAGGUGCAGCAGGUUCAACAUGUCUAUCCACCACAAUAUGUCGGAGAAAGUGGAGACGCUGUUUACACCAAUGGAACUAUCCGAACGGCCUACUCCUACAACCCCGAGGCUCAGUUGUACGGGCAAAGCAGCGGGGGAACUUACUUUGAUUCUCAGGCUGGUGGGACUCAUGUCACCACAGUGGUUUCCUCUGCCAGUGGUGGGGUGCCCCCUCAUGGCAUGGUGGGAAUCGCCAUGGACGUGGGCAGCAGCCACAUCAUCUCCAGCGGCAGCACCUACCUGAUCCAUGGAGGAAGCAUGGAGGGAAGCCGUAACCACAUCUCACACUCAUCACGCUCCUCCUCAGCUAUGCUUGAAAUGGCGAUUGAAAACCUCCAAAAGUCUGAAGGAAUUGCAAGUCACAAAAGCAGCCUGCUCAACAGCCAUCUGCAGUGGCUGCUGGACAACUAUGAGACAGCGGAGGGAGUUAGCCUGCCCCGGUGCUCCCUGUAUAACCAUUACUUGCGACACUGUCAGGAACAGAAACUGGAUCCGGUCAACGCGGCUUCCUUCGGCAAACUCAUCCGCUCAGUCUUCAUGGGCCUGAGGACUCGCCGCCUUGGCACCAGAGGCAACUCCAAGUAUCAUUACUAUGGCAUCCGGGUGAAGCCAGACUCACCGCUCAACCGGCUGCAGGAGGACACACAGUACAUGGCCAUGAGGCAGCAGCCUGUCCACCAGAAACAGAGGUUCAAACCCCUGCAGAAGGUGGAUGGCAUGUCUGACAGCCUGUGUGGGAGCUCUCAGAACUGUAACAGCACUCCAGAGCAGUCUGUGGCUGCUCAGAGUCAACACCACCAGCAGUACAUAGAUACAUCCCACAACCUGCCUCCGUUUCCCUCUCCUGACUUGGGCACUCAGCCUCUGCCUGAGCGCAUCAACGUGAACGAUAUCAAGAAACUGCAGACGCUCUACAGAGAUCACUGUGAGGCUACUUUGGAUGUGGUGAUGAACCUCCAGUUCCAUUUUAUUGAGAAACUGUGGCAGACCUUUUGGUAUUCAACAGCGCCAUCUAGUGACGGAAAUACAAGCCUCAAUAACAGUGAUGAUGACAUGGAAGGUGCGAUUCCCAGAGAGAAGCUGGUCGCUCUGUGCAAAUAUGAACCAAUCCGACUAUGGAUGAGGAGCUGUGAUCACAUCCUCUACCAGGCUCUAGUGGAGAUCCUCAUUCCUGAUGUCCUGCGUCCUGUUCCCAGCACUCUCACUCAGGCCAUCCGUAACUUUGCCAAGAGUCUGGAGGGCUGGCUGACUAACGCCAUGACCAGCUUUCCACAAGAGAUAAUCCGCACCAAGGUGGCCGUGGUCAGUGCCUUUGCCCAGACUCUGAGACGUUACACCAGCCUGAACCACCUGGCCCAGGCAGCCCGGGCUGUCCUCCAGAACACCUCCCAGAUCAACCAGAUGCUCUCCGACCUCAACAGGGUGGACUUUGCUAAUGUCCAGGAGCAGGCGUCUUGGGUGUGUCAGUGUGAUGAGAGUGUGGUCCAGCGUCUGGAGCAGGACUUUAAAGUCACCCUGCAGCAGCAGAGCUCUCUGGACCAGUGGGCUACCUGGCUGGACAACGUGGUGUCUCAGGUGCUGAAGCCUCACCAGGGCAGCCCGAGCUUCCCCAAAGCUGCACGCCAGUUCUUACUCAAAUGGUCUUUUUACAGCUCCAUGGUGAUCAGAGACCUCACUCUGCGAAGUGCUGCCAGUUUUGGCUCUUUCCACCUGAUCCGCCUUCUUUAUGACGAGUACAUGUUUUACCUGGUGGAGCAUCGUGUCGCUCAGGCCACUGGAGAAACUCCUAUUGCUGUCAUGGGGGAGUUCAGUGACCUGAGCUUGAUGAUGCCAUCGCACAUGGAAAAAGAUGCUUCCUUCUCUGACGAGAUGAGCGACCUGGGCAGCGAUGCCGACAGAGGACCUACUGAACCGGCUGUAAAGAGGGAGAGGAUUGAAAUGAGUCACCCUCUGCAGGAGAUGUGAGUCUCGUCCUAACACGUUACCAGGACGAGCGUCUCUCCCAGGGAAAAUAGAAGGUGACCCUAAAGUGACUUUUGGAGCCUUUUUUGGGGCCUUGGUGGCUUUUUGAGCUGAGGACAGUUUGUCUGUCUGCAGUCUGUCAGUGUGUGCAAUGUACAUAGAAUGUAGCGAUGUCAGUCCUGUCCUCAUGAGCAUUCAGACCUUUGACCCAGGAAGAUGACAUUUUUUUUUCUGUUUUUUUUUUUAACUCACAGGAGUGUAACACAGGUCUGAGUGUUGUUUUUUUUGUUUUGUUUUUGUUGCAACUGUGAAUGACUUUGUGCAGUACCUUUUUAUUGGAUGUGGAUCUUUGAAUGGUGGUGUGUGGUGUUUGUGACUUCUUCUUCUUUUCAAACUUCAACUAGCUGUGCCAUAGUGUCAUUUCAGUGCCUUAGAUCGCUAAGUUUAAAAAACCACUACUACAGAUGUCUAUCUAUCCCUCAGCUGUGCCUCUACCGCAGUAUGAAUGUAUCGUCUCCAAAACCUCAAACAUUCAAAGCACCUUUGACAUUGACCACGCUUAGUUGUGAACUCCUUGUUGCCUCUGCUGCAGCUCGCAGCAAACAUGGAAGAAAAAAAAUAGAUAAACAUGCAACUUACUAACCCAAAGGACCUUUCCCUCAGUUGAUCCCACCAGCUUAGCCAUAGUCAUGACUCUGUCCGUCAGACAGGAGUCAGGGACGCAGGGAGACAGUCUCUUUACUUUGGCCAUGGAACAUUUUGGUUUGUAUACCUCAAUAGAAUUCUAUGCUAUGCUCCGUUUGGCUCAGAUGACGUGAGGCAAGUAUUAUGAGGAAAAAUGAAAAAGAAAGAAUAACAUGUAGCUACUGUUGCUGUUUGUGUCUCCUACUCUGGUUUUCUCUCAUGUAAAUAAUUUUCCACGUCCCUUACAAAUGAUUUUAAAUAGCUCCUCCUUGUUAGGAUGCGGUCAGUCCUCGUCCAGUGUCUCACCUGUGCAGUUGCCAGAGUUGGAGACAAUUUGAAAUGGGAUUUUUUAAAAUAACAUUAACUGGAAUAUGGUCUGAUUUCUAUGGAAGCGUAUUGCUGAAAUAAUUUUUUUCAAAAGGCUCUGUUUUUAUUAGAUGUCACGUGGUACAUACUGUAUGUUAGCACCCCAGGCUCAGGCAGGCCGAUUGGGCAGGAAUCUUGUAAAAACAGACAGAAGUCAAGUAAAAACAGACCCCAAAAAAAUCUCUAGUAAAAACAGACUCAAAAUGUUUUUCCGUAAAAAACUGACCUGGAAUAAAGAAAACGUGUAAAAAUAGACCCGAAAAAAAAUUCUCAUAAAAAUGGACCCAAAAACAAAAUUGUAUAAAUAGACCCGGGGAAAAAAAAUUGCGAAAAACAGACCCCAAAUUUUGUUUUCUUUAAAUGAUUUUAGGUGAACGCAAUACGCUUGCGUAGAUUUCCUCCUCUGUCCAUCUAAUAAUAAAAAAACAGGUUGUACAUUUCAUCAAAGGGAAAACUAAAACACUUGGAUCUGUAAAACCAAAACCCUUUGGCGUCUGAGCCGGCACCUGCUCCACAUGCUCCCCGAACUUUGAUACUUUAACCUCACGCUGUUACUCAGCUUAAGUCUUAUGUUCUGUUUAAAUUAGAUAGAAAAUAAAAGUACAGUGCAUUAUUUGGGGAAUUUGUUCCAGAAUAAAUUAUACAUAUAUAUAUAUAUACAGUAUAUCUUUAUACGACGUAGAAAGUGUGUGUGUAAGUGGUCUGUGGCCUAAUCUCUCUCUCUCUCUCUCCCUCUCUUUCCUCACACUUUACUUGGUCACAUUGUAUCAGAAGAAAAAGCUUUGAUGUGUAAUUGAUUAGACUGGCGUGUGUGCGUGUGUGUAACGUUUCCAAUCUCAACUGUUCAAUGUACGACGUCCUGUUAUUACCGUGGCGCUGCUCUGACAGAGUACGCCAUCAAAACUGUCACAAAAGAGAUUUCUAUUUAUAUAAACUAUUCUGACUUGAUUGACAUUGUCAGCUUUGUGUUGAAUCUGGUUUGGUUGAUUUCUUUUUUUAUCUUCUUCCUUAUUCCCUCUCUCUCUCCUCUCAUGAUUCUGUUGUAGUGACAAGAAACGUUGAGCUUGAGUUAUUUAAGGCUUUUUGUAACUUGUGCCUGUCACAGUAAUUUGCCUUCAAGUGCUUUUGGGGGGAAAAGUAAUUUUUAUGUGUACAUUGUAAUGUUUUGUAAGGCUGUUUUAGAUUUUUUGGGCAGAAUUUUUUUUAUUGAACUAGAUUUGGUUCCUCUCACAAGUAUACUGAACCCUUAUUUUUGUGUAUUUUUAAACCUGUUCUUGACUACACUUUAGCUAGCCUAAGGACGGAUGAUGGUCUGUAAUAAACUGCAUAGUUCAGCUGUA